CUGGACUCUGGGAAAAUCCUUGACCAUGAGGUUGAUCCUGUUUGUCGGUGCCCUUCUGGGGCACAUCUACUGUCGAGAAACUUUUGUGGGAGACCAAGUUCUUGAGGUCACACCAAGCAAUGAAGAGCAAAUUGUAAAUCUGAAGGAACUGGAGGCAGAAGAACAUCUGCAGCUUGAUUUCUGGAAACCACCCACCACCCCAGGGGAGACAGCCCAUGUCCGAGUUCCCUUUGUCAGCGUCCAGGCUGUCAAAGCUUUCUUGGAGUCCCAGGGAAUUGAUUACUCCAUCAUGAUUGAAGACGUGCAGGUUUUGUUGGACAAUGAGAAUGAUGAAAUGCUACUUAACCAGAGAAGAGAACGGAGUGGUAACUUCAAUUUUGAGGCUUACCAUACCUUGGAUGAGAUCUCUCAAGAAAUGGACAACCUCGUGGCCAAGCACCCUGGUCUCCUGAGCAAAUUAACCAUUGGCCGUUCAUUUGAAAAGCGGCCCAUGAACGUGCUCAAGUUCAGCACCGGGGGAAACAAGCCUGCCAUCUGGCUGGACGCUGGGAUCCAUGCUCGAGAGUGGGUGACACAAGCCACUGCAGUGUGGACAGCGAAUAAGAUUGCCUCUGAAUAUGGAACUGAUCCAUUCAUCACUUCGCUUUUGGAUAAGAUGGAUAUCUUCCUGCUGCCUGUCACAAACCCUGAUGGAUAUGUGUUUUCUCAUACCAAAAACCGUAUGUGGCGGAAGACACGCUCCAAGGUGGCUGGGAGCCUCUGUGUUGGUGUGGAUCCUAACCGGAACUGGGAUGCAGGGUUUGGAGGACCUGGAGCCAGCAACAGUCCUUGCUCUGACUCAUACCACGGACCCAGUGCCAACUCUGAAGUUGAAGUGAAAUCCAUCGUGGACUUCAUCAAGAGUCACGGGAAUGUCAAGGCCUUCAUUACCAUCCACAGCUAUUCCCAGCUGCUGAUGUUCCCCUACGGAUAUAAAUGUACUAAGUCCGACAGCUUUGAUGAGCUGAAUGAAGUGGCCUUAAAGGCUGCCCAAUCUGUGGCAAGCCUGCAUGGCACCAAGUACAAGGUGGGACCUAUCUGCUCAGUCAUCUACCAAGCCAGUGGCGGAAGCAUUGAUUGGGCCUAUGACUCUGGCAUCAAGUAUUCCUUUGCCUUUGAGCUGAGAGACACAGGCAGAUAUGGCUUCCUUCUGCCAGCCAGUCAGAUCCUGCCCACUGCCCAGGAGACCUGGCUUGGCUUGAAGACAAUCAUGGAGCAUGUGCGCGACCACCCCUACUAGGGUCCUGGGGAAUAAAGGAGAGCCAUUUAAAGCAAAA